AUGGAAAAACACAUACCAGUAAAUGAUCUUAGCGGUGCUGAAACGAAGAGUGGAAAUCGCCAAAAUGAUACUAAACAACACGAUACUUCGGAGAUACCGGAUGAUCCACUGGUGACAUUAAAUGAAGUCAUUGAAGCACAUGAAGAGCUUGAAGCAGAAGCAGAAGCUCUACUGGGAGGAGCUAAUGCUAAUGUUUGCACAUAUCCGGAGGGAUAUAAACCACGACAACCACUGUAUUCCUGUCGUGACUGUACAAGUACCACAGGUCCUGCAGCGCUUUGCUAUGCAUGCAGCGUUAAUUGUCAUGAUGGUCAUGAACUCGUUGAAUUGUACACAAAGCGGAAUUUUUGCUGCGAUUGUGGAAACUCUAAAUUCAAAAAUGCAUGCACACUCUAUAAAGAAAAGAAGCCAUUAAAUGAGCGAAAUCAGUAUAAUCAUAACUUCGAUGGUCUCUACUGUACUUGCAAUAGACCAUAUCCAUGCGAAGAAUACGACGAUUGUGAAAUGUUACAGUGCAUCGUAUGCGAGGAUUGGUUCCACUUGCAGCAUCUGGAGGAAACACUCGACAGCGUUGACACAAGUGAAGUGGAAGAGGUAAUAUGUCGAAAUUGUGUCACGCGUUUCACAUUCCUGCUAUCUUAUGCUGACGGAACAUACAAAGAAGGGUGUGGGGAUGAUAAUUUAUGUAAAUUGAAAUGGCUUGAAGCGAAUGCUAAAACCGAUGAAAAUAGCCAGCCAUGUUCUCUAUUUUUCAACUCUUACAAGUGGCGAAACCGUUUAUGUCAAUGUAAUAUUUGUUUGAAUUUUUACGAAGACAAUAAUCUACAGUUUUUGACUGAUCUCACGGAUUGUAUGCAAACAUUUGUUGAAUCACACGGUAAUAAAGGUGAUGAUAAACCGAAGGAUGACGAUCGAGUUAUGACAAAUGCAUUGAUUGAUGUGGCUGGUCGUGAAGGGGCAAUUACACUUUUUAAAGGUUAUGAAGAAAUGAAACGCAAACUGGGAAAUCACUUGAAACGACUAGCCGAUGAAGGAAGAGAAGUGAAAAAAGAAGAUAUUGAUCAAUUUUUUCAAGAACUUGAAAUAGAACGCAAACGACGCCGCGAGGAUAUUUUGUCUCAGUUGUGAAUUAGUGCUCGGAUUUAGCAGCAAUGCAUGAUUCAACAUGUAAUUGAUACCUCUUAUCUCGUAUUUAAAAAUAUUCUCAUAAUGGUUACCAAACCGUCACUGAACUAAAUUUGUGCGUGAAAAUUGCCAUACUUUCAAAUAGAACCUAAAUAUUUUUUUUACGUGGUGUUUUUGACUAAGUCAUUAAAACUGAA